CUCUUUAUUAUUUCCCCCUUCAUCUACCGUCAACCCCAAGAAUCCUGUUCAUGUUGCCUACUAGCGGACGUAAAUGUUUACAAUCCGGUUCAGUUCCAAAGGCUCGGAAGUCCCAACGCGCUGUGUGUGGCCACCUCACUGGCUGCGAAGGCAGAGAAGUCCUGCUACCUCCGUGUAACUUGGACUUACGUACGGUUGGUGAGGAAUGGGAACUGAUGAACAUAUUUAGUUUUAUUAUAUCACGUAUACCGAGGGACUGACGUUUAUCUGAACGCUUGAGUGCAUUACCUGCUAUGGUGAUGGCACACAGUCUCUGUUACAGCUCCUUGGCACCCUCAAGCAGACAGCUGUUUCAGUCACCUGGAUUGGAUGUGUAUGGGAGAAAUGCAUCACAUUCAGCAGCACACGUCCAGAAUCCAAAACAGCAGCCAGAAUGCUUCAUACCAGUGUAUUGUAAUCCCGCUUUACAACUAAAUGGAAACGGCUUUAGGCAGACAGAUGGUAUACAUGAAAACAUGGACAUCGCUAUGGAGACUCCCGUAUGCAAUCCUUUGAAUGGAAUGAGAUCUACUGCAAAUUAUGAAUUUAGGCACAUGCCCAUGAGGAAUGAGUUUUGUUCCAGAAGGAAGCACAAGCGGGAGCAGGAGGAAGAAGAAGCUCCUGCUCAAAAGAAACGUUUAACUGAGAAGAUGCUGGAUUACCUGGUACCUUCAGGAAGCAUUUCAUGCAGCUCUUGGCCUUACAUUCCAUGUCCCCAGGGAAAUGGGGUAUCUGAUGUUGCCUCCACUUCCUGGCAGGAUGAAUCUACCUCACAGGAAUAUAGGGCGGUUGAGAACAAAGAGGAGGGCUGCAUGGAGGUGAAAACUGAUCCAAACCAAAUCGGACUGGAAAGGCUGAAAGAAAUUGAAGAUCGACUGGAUGGGAGAGAUGAUUCAGAAAUUGACACGGUUGAGAUUUCAGAUCUGCCGGUACUGGUCUUGUCUGAAUCUCUCCGAGAAGAACUGAAACAUGGCCUGGAAGAAGUUUUGCCUCAUACAAUAAUGGAAUCCCUGAAUCGUCCAUGCAUGGAACUUGUUCUGUGGAGACCCCCAUGUGAGCCUCUUUCAGAUAAACUUGCAGCUUUAACAGAGCAAAGGAAGUCCAAGCAUAGGGAGCCACAAUGUGAUCCUGAUUUAUACAACAAGAACACAAAACUGGAUUCAUCCUUGAUGUGUGGUGAUAUGAAUCAAACCAGCGCAGUUGAAGAGGACAUGGAGCUUUAGAGGCAGCUUGCGGCACAGAUCUGUGGGGUAAAAGCAUUGUAACUUGCCAAGAUUCUCCAUCAGCGGGAAAUGGAGUAUUGUUAACGUUUUAAAGAUUUUAAGUGACACUGAGGUUUUGAUGUCCCCACUGUUCUCGCAUAAACCAAACACUGAAGCUAGUCAUUGCUGCAGUCUUGUGUAGUGUCUGUGACUGCACAUAGAUAUCCUUUCUAUAAAUAUAUUUUUAAGUCUGUUCCCAUUGUAAUCAGCCAUAGGCUGUCCAGUGUCAAAUAUUUACUUGUGAUUAGUUUUAAGAAAAUAAGUGCCGUAAUUUAUAAUGCUCUUGAAAUGCUAUUUUGUUUUCUAUGUAAUACAUGACAAGAUAGGGAAGUGGUAGAGGCAUUCCAUGAAGUGUACAAGAGAUUUGUAUGGAAUAUGGAUGUACAUGGAAGUAUUGUUUGACUCAACUUUGGCUGAAAAUGUUUUAACUAUGAACUUAUUUGGUAUUGAGCUCAAGAUAAAGAUUAAGUUUUCUUGCACUAUAUACAAAAUGGAGAGAAAACUAAAUAAAAAUUGAGGGGUAUUGUAUAAAAAAGAAAUGUGCACUUAAGAUCUCUACUUGUCAAUGUCACAGCUAUUAAUCUUUUCGUAUAUACUUGUUACAUUCUAAGCAUUUGUGUGUUUGCUCUUUUUCACCCACACCCAAAAAUUGUGUUAGGAAAAGUGUAAAAUAAGAAAGCAACCACUUCCACAAUAAGUUGUGAUAUGACUCAAAGCACUCAUAAACUGUCAGUAUAGAGCUGACUUUUGGUUUGCAUGAGGCUUGUGUCUUGGCAAGAUGCUGGGCUAAAUCAUUGGGCAUUGGAGGCAUGAGGCAUUGCUUAUGACAGUCAGUCAUCCUUGGGUGGGCCUCCCUGACUUUCAAAGACAUUAAUGGAUAGGGAUAGUCACUUGCAAAUACUGAUAAUAAGCUGGGGGGUGGGGGGGGGGGGGGGGUGCAACCUCCCCUCGGAAGUCUCGGAAUGCUCCUAUUGGCAUGGAACUGGUCAGCUUAGGCAGGUGGUGAAUGGGCAUUGAAAGAUUCCUACCAUGUUAUUUUGCUCUUUCAAUUGAAUAUCAAACCCAAAAUCACAUACUUGUAUUGCAGCUUUUAAAAAAAAAAAAAAAAAAAAAAAAAAAAAAAAAAAAAAAAAAAAAGAAAAUGUGGGUGACCCUAGAUUUUGUUGUCGACACAGUAUUGCCUAGAGUAAUUAAAUAAACUCAUACUGGGAUAAACUCACUUGGAAUUUUGGAGGGAAGAUGUUGCAUUCCCCUAAGCAGCUUGCAAUGAAAUGUAAUCCGCACCCUCGGGACUUUGGUGCCAGAUCUUUCAACUUGUUGGAUGUUCUAUUAUUAAAACCAAUGUUAAUUCACAUUUAUAUUGAUGUGUAACAUAUAAAAAUACAUUUUUAGUGAACCAACAAGUGUUGGUGUGGGCAAGUCGGGCUGAAGGGCCUGUUUCCGUGCUCUAUGACUCUGAGUCUUAAGUAAAUUAAAAUGGAGCAUGUGAACCAGAGCCCUGCUGAGUGGCGUGGGCAGAGGCAAAUGUUCCUAGAUACUACAUCGUCAGAUAAUGGAUUAUCGUUGUUUUACUGUGUUGGCUACCACUAUUAACAAGUUUAUUAUAGAUGUUGUCUCAUUAGGAAUGUGAGAAAUAUGCCAUUAAGGAACAAACACUAGAACAUCGAACUGGAAGAGUUUUUUUAUAAACCUUUUGUUCCGUGUAGGUUCGGUAACAAUUGCAAGCCUGAUAUGUAAUCAUUAAAAUAUUAUGAGAUGUAAGUGCUAAUGUUAAAAGAAAAUUCAUGAUCCCAUCAAAAUGCUGAGAAGAAAGCAUUCUCUAUUAGAGAUGUGUUAUCGUAUACACUGAGUAAUGCCAGGAUGCUUCUGUGGGUAAGGAAUUUGGAUUGGUAGAUACUUGAGGGCAACUUUUCUCAGACGAGGGAAGUUGUCUGACUACAAAACAGAAAUUGUCUUCUGGAGAAGGGGCUUUCACAAAGAAAUUCCAGAGGCCUAUUUAAUUGUGGAGCAGAAAAUGGAAUUUUAAAAAGGGUGUGGAUUGUUGAUAGCCAGCAGAUAAAUGACGUUUGUGGCAAAUUGGGGCGUGGGUGGGUUGUUGCUAGUGGUGGGCUAUUAAAGCAUUAAAAUUGCCAGUGAAGUAGAAACCAUUUAGAAAAUUGGGAAGUGUUUCAGAAUAUGAGGGGGAUUGAGGUAGAAAGUAAACUGCAGAUGCUGGAAAUCACAAGUACAGAAAAUUCUCUAGAGAGACAAACUGAGUUAACAGUUCCGGCCAAUGACCUUUCAUCUGAAUAAGAAAAAGCUGAAAGUUGCAGGGAGCGAAGAAAACAGGAACAGAACAUAAAAAAAUAAAAAGAGAAACUGGAUGAUACAGCUACCAGAGGGGGAAAGGCUUGUUAAUCAUAGCUGAGUGGCCUGCUGAAGGGAGUAAAUACUGGGAAAUAUAAGAUAUGUGUAGGAAUGAACUGCAGAUGCUGGUUUGCACCAAAUACAACACAAAAUGCUGGAGUAACUCACUGGGACAGGCAGCAUCUUUGGAGAGAAUGAAUGGGUGACUUCUUGGGUCGAGAACAUUCUUCAGACUGAGUCAGGGGAAGGAUAAGGUGUUGAAACAAUAGAUCAAAGCAGAUGAUAAAAUGGAAAUGUAGAAUAGUUCAUUGUUAACCAUGGGGAAGAUGACAACGCCGCACACAAUCAGUAGGACAGCAGAACCUUGUUUAAGAGGGAACUGCAGAUGCUGGAGAAUCGAAGGUUACACAAAAAAGCUGGAGAAACUCAGCGGGUGCAGCAGCAUCUAUGGAGUGAAGGAAAUAGGCAACGUUUCGGGCCGAAACCCUUCUUCAGACAGCAGAACCUUUCUGAGUACUAGGGGGAGUGAUGGAGAGAGGGAAAGCAGCGGUAACUUGAAGUUAGAGGAAUCAAUACUCAUACCGCUGGCUUGUAAGCUGCUUUGUUUUGGGGGGUAAGCUGGCAUACAGAAAUCUAAACUCACAGAUUGCUAGAAAUACCUAGCAGGUCGGACAAUAUCUAUAAAAACAACGUGAGUUAACAUUUACAGGCCGAUGACCUUGCAACAGAGCUCUCCAGUUUUAGCACAAAGAAAGUUUAAUUGUUUGGAAUUUUUUAAUUCCAUGUCGAGUCCCCAAGGUUGGAACCUAUGGAAGAAGAAAUGCUGUCAUUUGAGCUUGCGUUGUUUCGGUGGAAGUUCCACCAGAGGUCAAAAAAUAAAUUGGAUUGAGAUAGGAAAUUAAAGUGGCUAUGAUGUUUUGAAUUCACACUUGUGAACUGAAUUGAGGUAUUCUCCAGAAAGCCAUCAGUCUGAAGAAGGGUCUCGACCCGAAACGUCGCCUAUUCCUUCGCUCCAUAGAUGCUGCCUCGCCCGCUGAGUUUCUCCAGCAUUUUUGUCUACCUGCAAAAUGGUCACUUAACUGUUGUUGGUUUCCCCAUUGUAGUGGACACCACUAUUUGUAUACUAGUAGCAUAUUUAUUAGUUUCAAUUCCUAGAAAGGAGAUUUCGGUUUUAUUUAAAGUUGCUGUGUUGGUUCUUGAAAUAGACUCUUCUGUCAUCUCACAAAAUAGGAUCUAGCUCAAGUGAACUAACUUGAAUAAUAUCGUUAAUUGGUCCAAACGCUUGAAAAAAUAGUUGCAUGUGGGUCUUUGGUUGAGUUUGGGUUUGGUUCCUCUACUAAGUGGUGCCUAGAACAAAUAGUCUUAACAAAUUGUUUUAGUCUGGUCACCACUGAAUUCUGUGGACAGAUAGGUUGAGGAAUUUCUCUUAAGUUUGUACAUGGCUACUGAUGUUUGUUACUUUAGGCUGUCUUGUUUUAGCUUCUGAAGAUGGACACAAAAAGCUGGAGUAACUCAGCGGGUCAGUCAGCAUCUCUGGAGAAAAGGAAUAGGUGGCGUUUCAGGUCGAGACCCUUGUGCUUUUAGCUUCUCCUGGGUUACAAUAGAAGCGGAGGAAUAGAUUUCUUGCACUAGUCUUAUCCUAAACUUUUCAAAAAGUUCUUAAGAUAUUUUGGCAUCUUCUCAAAGAUGCCAUUUCAGUUGAUUUUGAAUUAGCUUUAAUGGAGUAACUGGGAUUGGGUUAAGUAAAACUGGUACAUAAAGGUACAAGUCGAUAUUUGUAAAAAAAAACGUUAGCUGUCAGACUUCGUGUGCAUAGUGAAUCUUUUUCACAAUGGAUACACUAGUAUAAAUUGUGUUAGCAUGCAAGGAUGUCUGUCUCCAGGCAGUGCCAAACAAUCAAUAAAAUACUCUGUUGUAUGUUGUGUUCCAAUUACUCCAUUCAUUCUGUGUUGUUCUGUUUCUGGGAUUGAAUCAGUAAAUCUACCCAACAUACUUUCUUUAAUCCUCAUGUUUCAUGUUUGUUUUAUUUGUAAGUAUGAUUCACCUGAAUGAAGUGCACCAGUGUUCCUACUCUGAGAGACAGGUCAAUAUGCUCCUUUUAAUUAGGGUAGCUUCUGUGUGGCUGACAUUAUCAUUACACAAGAUACUAUCUUUAAAUGUAACAUUGCAUGCACACAAGAGUUCCAAUGUUAAAAAUAGAUAUGAGCCUUUCAGGUGCAUCUACCGCAGUAAUUUUUAAACAUUUAAAUAUUUAUGUAUAUAACGAUCAGAGUCGUACAGCAUGGAAACAGGCCUUUCGGCCCAUCAAGUUCAUUCCGACCAACAGCAUUAUGGCUUCUAUCUCGGUGAAAUCAAACACAACAACUUGAAUUUGUAUAGCACCAUUUAAUGUAAUUUAUAAUGUAAAACAAUUCAAGAUAAUCACAGCAUAAUAUUGUUUAAAUCUGACACUGCAUUGCAUGAUAUAUUUACAGGCAAUCAUAGCUUUCUUUUAGAUGAAAGUUAUUUUUGAAGCAUCAACUUACAUGACUGGUUUAGAUUUUGGAGGGAGUACGUUGUAUCAUCAAGCUGUCAGCUUUGUCCCGUAGUUCUAUACUGUUGGAGUUGAAAUCAUUCCAUCACCUUGACUUUUGUGUGGUAGAUUGCUUUGGGAAGUUAAUAGCUGCAGAAUGCUCAAUCUCUGACUGGUUCUGGUAGUGGUGACUUAUUUUUAAGCAUGAGAAGUUUCUAUGUCUCGGAUGUUGAUGGUGGAGUAGAUGUAUUAAAUAUCAUGCCCACCAUUGUGCAAUCUGUUGUGGUAACCAUUCAACAGAUUACAUCUGUUCAGUUUUGCAUUUUAAGUAAUCCAAUGCAAGGCUGAUUUGGUAUAACUGAUGUUUAGGAAAGCUGCAUUGUUCUCUUGCAAAGAAUUGAAGGAGUUUAGCAUUGAAUAUAUUUUAAAAUUGUUAUUUAAAUAGUUUAGGGUGGCACAAUGGCACAGCAGUACAACUGCCUUUCAUUACCAGAGACCUGGGUUUGAUCUUGACUACGGGUGCUGUCUGUACUGAGUUUGUACAUUCUCUGUGACCGCGUGGGUUUCCAUCCGGUACUCUGGCUUCCUCCCACAUUCCAAAGAUGUGCAGGUUUGUAAGUUAAUUGACUUUGGUAAAAUUGUAAAUUGUUUCUAGUGUGUAGGAUGAUUGCUGAUCAGCGCAGACUUGGUGGGCCGAAGGGCCUGUUUCCAUGCUGUAUCCCUAGACUUUACGUUUAUAGCACUCAGUCUCUCUUUCCUCAUAGAACUCGGGUUUUGCGCGUGAUCAAGACCAGCUUCUCCAUGUUAGCAGGGUAGACUGCAGCCUAGGGUUAAGUCCUGGCUUCAUUUGGCAGAAUAAUAGAUGGCUUGGAUCAUGUACAAUCUCUCACUGCAAACGGAUCGAGACAAGUGAAAUGAUGCUUCCUCCCCAGAUCUCAUCUCCCAUUCCAAUUAGUUCUUGAGCUGGUUCUGGAGAGAAGGGAGAAAAGUUACCAUAGAGCCUUGCUGGAUCUGAAUUAGCCUUUUCUUUCAACUGGAGCUCGUAAUCAGACCACCAUUCCAGUUGGAGUCCACAAGGUGGUUACAGUGUUUCGGGAGAGAUGGGGUGGCACAGAUUUACAAAGCAAAAUGAUUGUACCACUGAAUUUACUCAGCAGGUGAGGCAGCAUCUAUGGAGCGAAGGAAUAGGUGACGUUUCGGGUCGAGACCCUUCUUCAGACUGAAGAAGGUUCUCGACCCGAAAUGUCACCCAUUCCUUCGCUCCAUAGAUGCUGCCUCACCCGCUGAGUUUCUCCAACAUUUUUGUCUACCUUCGACUUUUCCAGCAUCUGCAGUUCUUGCUUAAACGUACCACUGAAUUUAACUGCUUUAGGAUUUUAUGGAGUCAUAGAUAGAAUUAUAGAGUCAUACAGCAAGGAAACAGGCCCUGUCACCUAACUUGUCCAUGCUGACCAAGAUGUUCCAUCUACUCCAGCCUACUUGCCCACGUUUGGCCCAUAUCCCUCUAAACCUUUCCUUUCUUGUACCUGUCCAAAUGUCUUAAAUGGUGUGCAGGAAGGAUGUGGAGGCCUUGGAGAAGGUGCAAGAGAGGUUUACCAGAAUGCUGUCUGGAUUAGAGGAUUGGACAAACUUGGACACGGAACUGCGGAUGUUGGAAUCUUCAGCAAAAACAGUCUGGAUAAGGAUCCUAACUUGGAACGUCACCUAUCGAUGUCCUCCAGACCCGCUCAGUUACUCCAGCACUUUGUGUUUUUGGACAAACUUAGAUUAUUUUCUCUGGUGUGUGGGAGGUUGAUAGAAGUAUAUAACAUUUUGAGAAGCAUAAAUAGUGUAGACACAGAUCCUUUUUCCCUGGGCUGCAAUCGUCCAGUCAGUUAAAGAACGUAAAAGGGAUUUUGUAUUUAUGGGAGCAGGUGUGAUUCCAGGAUAGUAUAUUCUUUCACUCGCUCAAGAGUAAAAGACAAUGAAGGGAGGGGUAAGAUUUUUUUUUAAGUGUUUAAGCAGGGUUUCGAAGGUAUUAAUCUCCAGAUUGCUGGGAAUGCUGCAAACUGGUUAAGUAAAAUACAGAGGAAAGUGAUGUUAUAAAGGGUGCAGUAAGGGAGAUUCUGAUUCAUGGGGUAUCAGAACUAGAGUGAUUGUGAUUCCAGCUCCUUUCACGUUCAUUGUUCUCCUGGAGAUGGAGGGCAGAGUGGGGGCUUGUGGUUCGAAUUAAUGCGGCAGGAGAAAAGGCUCUAAAAUGUAAGAAUGAAAAGUAGGAAAAAUGUGUAAAAUCUUGAUUAGUCAGGGGUUAUGGGGCUAAGGCAGGAGAAUGGGGUUGGGAGUGAAAGAUAGAUCAGCCAUGAUUGAAUGGCGGAGUAGACUUGAUGGGCCCAAUGGCCUAAUUCUGUUCCUAGAACUAGUGAAUUUAUGAAAGGAAUGGAAGGGGUAAAUAGAACUAGAGCAAAAAAGGUUUUGGAUAAGAUCAGAUUAAUCAACUAACAUUAUCACUGAUGACUAAUUAACGUACUUGUGCAAUUUUUGUCAUCUCGGCCAAUAGCAAUCUCAGCGUACCGGGUUUCUGAUUUAGGCAGACUUUGGGUUAUAGAUAAUCCUCAAAGGCUUUGCAUAAUGCGGGGGGUGUGUAGACUUGGAACAGUUCUCCUGUUCAGAAGAAGAUGCCCAGGUACUACCAGAUGUGAUCUGGUACUGGUAAGGUCCCAAGGGUGUUUUCUCCAGACCAGUAUUCUAUUGGUUUCUCUGUACAAGUUCUGCAUCAAUUUGAUUGCUGGUGCUUUACUGGCCAGUAACCUACUCACCAUCUUUUUGUACGAGUUGCCUGCUUCAAUGUGCAGAGUGUUCACAUCCUCCAGGCCAGUUCCAUGGUAGAUGCGGUUUUCUGCUCGGAGCUGCUUCACGCGACUUUGCAAAUGACGGAACAGCUUCAGUGUCCCAAAAUCCUGCUGUCUGAAAGAGAUGACUGUAGAGGAAGCCAUUGACGGAGUGGAAACGCAUCGCAAAUGAGAACUUUCACUGUGCUCCUUGUAAGGAAUAAAAAGCACACACACAUUACUGUACUGUAUAAUUCUACACUCUGCUGAGGAAAUGGCAAAGCAGCUUUAUAUUUAACAAAUUAAAUUAAGGUGGACCCAGUUGCGGAGAUGAUGUGUUGAAGCUGUAAUAUGCAGGAAUUGAUGGAAAUAAUUGAAAUCCACGUCACCCAUAUGUGCAAUAAGUAUCUGCAGUUCGAGGAAAGCAAAAAACAAGUGACUUGUUACUGAACAUGGAGAUAAUGGUUUUCAGAAACCUGGAAUUGUGCAGGAGUGAAAUGAGUGUGUCCAGAGUGGUGUGGGUCCUUGAUGAUGCUGGCUGCCUUUUUUGAGGCAGCGCCUCCUACAGCUCCUAUCGAUGGAGUAGAGUUCAGUACUGAUGAUGGACCACCACUUUUUGUAAUCUCCAUUGUUCCUGGAUGUUUAAAUUGCUACUCCAGGCAAUGAUGCAACCCGUUAAUAUGCUCUCUACUGUACACCUGUAGAAGUUUAAGAGCGUAUUCGUGGAUGUACCGAAUCUCCUCCAUCUUCUAAAGAAGUACAGGCAUUAAGGGCCUUCUCAAUGAUUGCAUCGAUGAGCUGUGUCCAGAACAUAACUUCAGAGAUGUGCACAACCAGGAACAUUGUAUUUAUUCUCUAUAGAAUGACACUGUUUGUUUAGAGAUGCAUAAUUAUUUGUGGUGAGAUCCAGAAUGACCAUCCAAGAUACUUUUGAGGGCCAGCACAUGAAUAGGGAAGUCUUGAAUUUCCUGAGAGGACCUCACUGCUGAUAAUCUGCUACAUUCUAGCAUUGGAUUCCUCCUGGAACCCUGGUGGACUAUCACUUCCCACAGUUUCCCCAGCAGUUAUGACAGGAAAUCUGACCAUUGACUGUCUGAAGAAGGGUCUCAACCCGAAACAUCACCUAUUCCUUCGCUCCAUAGAUGCUGCCUCACACGCCGCGUUUCUCCAGCAUUUCUGUCUACUAUUGAGUGUAGAAAGUAACUACAGAUGCCGGUUUAUACCAAAGAUAGACACAAAGUACUGGAGUAACUCAGCGAGUCAGGCAGCAUCUCUGGCGAAAAAGGAUGGGUGACGUUUCGGGUCGGAGCCUUUCUUCUUUGGAGAAGGGUCCUGACCCGAAAAGUCACCUAUUCUUUUUUAUCCCGAGAUGCUGCCUGACCCACUGAGUUACUCCAGCACUUUGUGCCUAUCCUCAAUCUGAACAAUGAACCUGCAUAUGAUGUUAGAUCCAUUGCUAGUUCAGCAACUGCAUUUAUUUCAAUGAGAGGGAAACAAGCAAAUUUCAAAUACUUUAUGGCUUUUCCAGUUAACAAAUGCAGUGAUUUUUUUUUUA